CAUGCAUGUGAUAAUAUACAUAUAAAAUAUACGUGAGAACUAUAAAUCAUCUUGAUCAUUCUUGCCCGAAGUGGAGAGUUGAUGAGAAUUAUGGGGUCAUCAUCAUCAAUGGCGAUCAUCUUCUUGUUGACUUUGCUUGAGCUCUGUGGUUUGUUGCAGAGUGCACCUCUUGCUCCUGCAUUGUAUGUUUUUGGAGAUUCAUUAUUCGACAGUGGAAAUAACAAUCUGUUGCCAACCGCUGCUAAGGCUAAUUACCGCCCUUACGGUGUCAAUUUUGUCCAUGGCGUUACUGGCAGGUUCACUAAUAAUAGAACAGCAGCUGAUGUUAUAGGUAUAAUUUAUAUAUCUUGUAUACCUUUGUUCAUAUCUAUAACUCUAUAUGGGGGUGUGUGUGUGGGUAUAUAUGUAAUGUUUUUGUUUGGAAAAUGCUUGAGUUUGGGAGAGCAGAUCCUUUUGUUUCAGAAAAAAAUAAUAGAAUUAAGAUCAACAACAUAUUUGAGGAGAUCAAUUGCUCUCAGAAAGUAUUUAUCAAAGUCUAUAUUCCUCUUCUGCGUAGGCAGCAAUGAUCUUAUCAACUAUUACAUUAACAGCCAAACAAUACCCUUCUUCAAAAACACACGUCCUUCUCCUCAAACCUUUGCUCAGCUCCUUGUUGAUACCCUGGUUCACCAUUUUCAGGUUCUUCCUUCUCCCAUCAAUAACAUUUUGCAGACACUCUAUUACCUUGGUGCGAGGAAGAUGGUGAUGUUUGAAGUUGGGCCAAUCGGGUGCAUGCCAUCCCUGGCCAAAACAUAUAAACACACCGGAAAAUGUGUUGAAGAAGCAAACCAGCUUGUUCUAGAGUUCAACAAAAGGCUUUCUUCAAAGCUUAAAUAUUUGACAUCUACACUCCAUGGUUCCUCUUUUGUUCUUGGACGUGUUAACGCACUAGUCUAUGAUGCCAUUAUAAACCCUUCUAAAUACAGUAAGUUUCUAGUUCCAAUAAUACCAUAAAUAUACAUAAACUAAUGGUUGUAACUAAUAUGUUAAAAACAUUGUGACCUGCAUAUUCUAGUUUCUUUUGGUUUCUCAUUCUUAAUUCACAAUUUCUUUUACAGGCUUUACAGAUACAAGGGAUUCUUGUUGCACUACUUUGCAAAAUGGAACUUGUAUUCCAUUCUCACAGCCAUGCUCCAACCCAAACACAUAUUUCUUCUUUGAUGGUUUUCACGUCACUGAUGCUGCUAAUUCAAUUAUCGCCACUCGUUGUAUCCAUGACUCUUCAAUUUGCACUCCUUACACACUCAAGAAGCUUGUGCUAAUUUGAAAGACGACCCUAUAAAAUUUUGUUUGGUUCGCGCAAUUGCAAAUCUUACCAUAUUCUUUUCUAUUCAUAUCAAACUGUUUUAGAAACUAUGAAAUUCUUCUCUUUUCUUUAAAAAAAAGUUUUAGAAACUAUGAAAUUGCAAUGGAGACUGUGUUCUGACUAUCUUCCAAGUCUUAACAAUUACUAGUCCGCACAAGAAUACUUUGGAAUUAAAAUACUAAGAUAAAGACUGGAGUUCAGAUUAUUAUAAUGACAAACCCUUAUAAAGAAGAUAAUAAUCAUAUAUCUUUCUUAACUAGGAUUGGUUAGUAUGAAAAUAAGGAUAUAAAAUAAGGAUAUAAAAUAAGGAAAUACAACCAUACAUAUUGAGGGCUAUAUCUACUCAUUAGUGGGAUAUGUAAUUGCAUGAAUGGAAGAUCAUUGAAAGUCUUCUCUAAUAUUUCUAACACCCACCUCACAGUCAUGGAAGGAGCCAAAGUUUAUCUCAUAAAUUGCUUAAACUGUUGACAAGCUAAGGGCAAUAACAAAUACAGAAGCAAUCUGAUAGGUUAACGAGGUAAAACUUGUUUUGUAGUUAGGCUGGAAACUGCUUAAAGACAAAACUAAAAUCCAACUCAAUAAAUGACUGCAAUCUGAUAGGAAUGGAAGGUUGGAUUGGCGGUGAAAUAAAUGGUCUACAUAUGGUCAAACUACAAAAUUGGAGUGGAUGAGGGAAAACCCAGUUCUGCUAGAAGAAAAUUGGAUCGAGAUAAUCUCCACCUUUAUGUCUGCAAUAACUUUAUAUUCGUUCUCGUCAUAGGAUCAUGCAAUUGCAGAUUCCAAGACAAAAAAUGCAUCCAAAUCAACUGCAAAACCAUUUAGAAAACAUUGGUCAUCUUGAUCAUCUCUCCAGUCAUUGUUAGAUAAACAUUGUAAACGACAAGGUGAUGGAUGAGGAAAACAGAGACCAUGUGAAACUAUAUACUUCAGAUACUGCAAUAGGCAUUUAACGAUUGUCCAGCGCAAAUCAGUAGGAUAAGUAUAUUAAUUGGCAAAUUUUGUUCAUUGAACAAAUCAUAAUGGACAAAGCUGCAAACUGCAGAGCCCCAACAACUAGUCAAUAUUUAUCAGUGUUUGCUAGAAAUUUUCCAGAAUCUUCAGUCUGGGGAGGAAUAAAUUGGCAUUGGAGUUACACAAGGUCUGGAAACUGUCACUUAGCUCAACUUCUUAGAAAGCUAGGAGAAUUCAAAGAAAAGAAUGUUAUUGUUGGUGAAGGCUCUCUCUCUCUCUCAACACAUGAAACCCACAAUUACCCACAACAAAAAUCAUGAAUUAAGUCAUGCCCUACACCAAUUGUUCACGAAAUCUGACUUUAACGCAUGCGGCUUGAGAAGCUGCAUGUUGAGAAAACAUUUUUUGAACAAAAUUGUGAUGCCCCAGGAGUGUACUCGUGCCCGUCACUUUGUUGGCAUGCACCUCUCUUGACUCACCCCUUAUAUGGUUAACCUUUUGUUUGAAUAAAUUAUUAACCUUUUAUUUUACAGGAAUUUAUUCUUUAAAAGGGAUGAACUAAUUAAUGAGCAAGCCACAUCAAUAUAGAGAACCGAAGGAAGAUGAUUAGAUAAAAAAGAAAACACUAACAUCUCUAAGCAGGUAGAGGAAACGUCGAAGGACAACGGCGCGGAAGGGAUCAACAUUUCAUUCAAACAAAACACAAAAUCAAGAACUGGAAAUAUGAUCACACUUCACUCAAACAGUGUUUAGGAAGCUAGAACGGUAAAACGUGGUACAUCACAUAGACUGCAAUGACAAGACAAAUAAUGGAAACAAAAGCAAAAGCAUGCAGAAAUAUCCAUGUUGAUCAAAAAUAUAAAAGCGGUGAGAUUUAUACCACAAUUUAGAUUGUUCCUUUUGCUUCAAGCUGGCCGAAUCUCAGCAUUUUCUAAGAAGCCGUAAAAAAGCACUCUCUCGGCUUUGGUUUCCUUCCAUUCUCCGCUAUCUUCUCCCCCUUCUUUUUCCUCUUACACAGAAUCCCUGCAAAAGAUGCCUUUUUUAAGCCAUAGUCUCCCUCGGCUCUCUCACAAGCACGAAGAAGAAAAUUCUCCUCCGCUCUCUCCUUUCUACUCUUCUUCUCCAGAGAACCCCCUUUGUAACUGUUCGUCUCCCUCUCCCAAAGACGCCCUGUUCCUCCUUUUAUGGCCUCAUAGUCCCCAACUACAGCUCAUCCCGGCGCCCCUGCCUUGACGGUUUCUCCACCCGCUACUGCAAAAGCUGAGCUUGGAGAUAAGCUCGCGGCUUCCCUUUCAGGUACUCUACUCCUCGCACGAAGGCCUGAUUCUUUGUCGCCAGCCUCUUCACCCUCUGCUUUCCGUGCCUCUCUCUCCUCCAGCUCAUACUAUGUCUUCUUCCUGACACGGCCAUCAUCAUCGGAUCAUCGCUCACCAUCAUAGAAAACUUACAAGGUUGCCCACCAUUGCUCCUCUGUCUCUCUCUCUCUUCGGCUUUGUCUAUUUUCAGAAAUCCCU